GCCCGAUUAAAGCUCGUUUGAGAUCAUCUUGUCUUAUAAACAAGCUAAGCUUGAACAUAUUUUUGAAAUUCGUUUGUUUGUAGAAGCCAAAACGCACCACUUCAAAAAUCAGUUAAACCUCCCGCCUUAUUUGUAAAGCUUCAGUUGCACAAAGCCAUGGCACAUCUAAGGUACACAAUCACGCGCUUAAUAGAAGAAUGCAAGAACAUGAGAGAGCUCAAGCAAAUCCACUCCCAAAUCACAACAUCCCCACACUUACCCGAAACAGAUCGCUAUUUCCUCAUUUCCCGUCUUCUCUUCUUCUGCGCAAUUUCCCAAUCCGGCUGCCUCAACUACGCCGCUUGUCUCUUCAAAUUUACACGCAACCCAAAUCUCUCUAUGUACAACGCCCUUAUCAGAGCAUACGCCACUAAAACCAAGAAUAACGAUGGACCCAGUUCGUACCAAACCAGAAAUCUAUAUAAGCAACUGCUAUAUAAUGGGAUGAAACCCAAUUGCUUAACGUUCCCAUUUCUUCUGAAAGAUUGCACGGGGAGGUUGGACAGUAAAAUGGGUCGAAGCGUUCACGGGCAUGUUGUGAAGUAUGGGUUUGAUGGAGAUGUGUUUGUGGGAAAUUCGUUGAUUAGUUUGUACUCUGCUUGUGGGUUUCUGAAUAGUGCACUUAGGGUGUUUGAUGAAAUGUGGGUUCGGGAUAUCGUCACGUGGAAUUCGAUGGUGAUUGGGUGUCUAAGAAACGGCGAUCUUGACUCAGCUGUGGAUUUGUUUAGGGGGAUGAAGAAGAGGAAUAUUAUUACUUGGAACUCGAUCAUAACGGGAUUUGUUCAAGGGGGUCGUGCGAAGGAAGCUAUAAAUUUUUUUCAUGAAAUGCAAAUUUUGGGUGAUGACAUGGUUAGACCGGAUAAGAUGACUGUUGCUAGUGUUCUUUCAGCUUGCGCCACUCUAGGAGCAAUUGAUCAGGGGAAAUGGGUGCACGGUUUCUUGAAAAGAAGUGGAUUAGAGUGUGAUGUAGCUAUUGGGACGGCACUAGUGGACAUGUAUGGUAAAUGUGGGUGCAUGGAAAGAGCAGUUGACGUUUUCAAGGAAAUGCCCCAGAGGGAUAUUUUAGCAUGGACGGCUAUGAUUUCUGCGUUUGCGCUUUAUGGGUAUGGUAAAGAGGCUUUUGAUCUUUUUAAUGAGAUGGAAGAACUUGGGGUGAGGCCGAAUUCUGUGACAUUUGUUGCGCUAUUGUCAGCUUGUGCUCAUUCAGGAUUGGUAGAGAAAGGACGCUGGUGUUUUGAUGUGAUGAAACGUGUUUACUCAAUUGAGCCACAGGUCCAUCACUAUGCUUGCAUGGUUGAUACACUUAGUCGAGCUGGGCUAUUUGAUGAGGCAAAACGCCUCAUAAGAAAUAUGCCAAUGGAGCCAGACAUGUUUGUUUGGGGUGCUCUUCUUGGCGGCUGUCAAAUGCAUGGAAAUAUAGAGUUAGGAGAAGAGGUUGCGAAAUACUUGAUUCGUUUGGAACCUUUAAAUCAUGCUUUCUAUGUAACUUUGGGUGAGAUAUAUGCGAAAGCUGGUAGAUUCAUUGAUGCAAAGAGAAUCAGGGCUUUUAUGAAUGGUAAAGGGAUUAAGAAGGCCAUCCCUGGCUGCAGCUUGAUUGAAGUUGAUGGAAUUGUUCAUGAAUUCUCUGUGAGAGGAUCACCAACUGUUCUGAUAGAGGAUAUAACGCGUAUCUUACAGUGCUUAGCUGAUGGGAUGAAGAUUGAAAGGGAUAUGCUUGGUUUAUUUGAAUAAGCCACUGGGAUGAGAUUUAAGUGAUGAUGUUGAGAUGAAUGUUUGGACUUUUAAGCAACACGGUUGUGUGCUCGAAUUGUUUCUUCCAUUCAUGAAUUUAUGUUCGUGGUCCAAUAGGCAUACCAGGGACGGAAAAAAUUCCAGAAAUUCUUUCUUUGAAGAACCUUUUUGCAGUAUUCAAAUCAAAGAAGAUAAAAAAGGUUCCUUACAAUUGGCACAGAAGCAGCUCUUAAGCAGAAUAUCAAAGUCAUAGACAAUUUAAUCACGAAUGACGAAUUACAGUGCAACAGGGGGCAGAUGCAAACUGGAAAGCUCAUGAGUAAACUCACUUUGUCUCAGUCAAAUGGCCCAUGAUCAAAAAGUGUGGAAAGUGGGCUGUGUAGGUGCUCGGGACUUCGGACACAUGGCAGAUUCAGAGGCAACAUUGUCGCACAUUUUCAGGCUCGAAUCAGUUGGCCUUAGGCCUAUAAAGACUAGCAGCAAAGGCUGAAAUCGGGCUUCCCCGCCAGAGAAUCCAGCAUUCACCUUCGAUAUUUUGGUCGAGCACCUUUGUUCAUUAUUUUCCUGGGUCUUUUUCACUCAACCCGUUUGAGUUUAUAUCCAUUUUAAGCCUAUUCAAACAUUGGACUGCAAUCCAGCCGUAGCACACCCUCAAUAACUGCUCACGCCUGCUGAUGUGGCACAUGCCUUCGCCGCGAAAGAGAAGAACUCUGCCAAAAGGGAUCAAAGUGGAGACCCACUGAAGAGACCAAAGGCACCCCCCUUGAUUCAAUGAUCCUGAUCUUCACACUGUACCCAUGCACAGCUCCCAUUUUAAGCCUGUGAAGCUUCUUGUAACCUACGGUGGUCCCACUCGCGAUCCGAUCCCCGUCCACGUAGAUUUCGUGCCUUUUGAUCCUCUGUCCGAGCCCAAUCGCCUCUUGGAUCCUGACCACAUUGAAAUCCACCCCAUCAUCUGUUGCUUUGAAUUCAAUCCAGUAAUCUUCUUUAUCUUGAUCAUUCCUUGGAGCCCAAUAUGUCCAUAAAUGAUCACUGUCUAGCACAUUUUCCGGUCCAAAACCUCCUCCUUCUCCUCCCCUUUGGCUACUAGCAUUUACAUACCAUUUCUCGGCCAAAUUGGUACCAAAUAUUGUGUCUAUUGCACUUCUAAACUCUCUUAAUCGUUGCACAUCUUUAUCGGAUAUGAGCCCAGUAUUAUUAGGCGGAACAUUGAGUAGCAACAAACAAUUUCGCCCGACCGAGUUGUAGUAGAUUUCCAGAAGUUCUUUCAGUUUUUUCGGUGAUUCAUAUUCGUGCCAAAACCAGCCCGUUCGGAUCGAAACGUCACACUCUGCCGGCAGCCAAUCAGUCCCUUUCGAAUCACCGGUAUUGAGAUAGCUGCAC